UUCAAAUGCACACCGCCGUUCUCUCCGAAAACAAUAAUGGCGCCACCGCCUCCCACCCUCCCUCCGUCCUAUACUCCGCCCUGCCGCUCUAUCCCCAAUCUACUCUUCCUCCCCCACCUCCGAUCCCGCCUUCCCAUCCGCCGCCUCCUCUCGGCGCACGCGCUCGCCGCCGUCGCCGGCCACCUAUCCCUCCCGGAUCCCCACACUCACGCACUCCUCCUCCUCGCCUACUCCCGCCUCGCGUGCCCCCGCGCUCGCCACACCCUCCUCCUCCUCUUCCGCUCCUCUCUCCGCGUAUCCGUGCCCCCUUCCUGCCGCUCCCUCCCUCUCGCCGUCUCCGCCGCCGCCUCAUCCCGCCUCCACCUCCCGCUCGCGCUAUCCCUCCACGCCGUCGCGGUGACCCGCAACCUCCUCCCUUUCGCGCACGUCGGCAACGCCCUCGUCUCCCUGUACGCCAAGAACGCCCUCCCGGACUCCGCGUGCAGGGUGUUCGACGAAAUGCCCGCCCCGGAUGUCGUCUCGUACAAUGCUCUGAUGGACGGGUACAUCAAGGCCGGGCGGCUGGGGUUGGCGACGAAGGAGUUCAUGCGGAUGCCGCAGCGGGACGCCGUGUCCUGGGGCACGGUUGUCGCGGGGUGUGCGAAGGCUGGGCGGUGGGAGGAGGCUGUGCUGCUCUUUGACAGGAUGAGGUGGGAGGGGUUUAGGCCGGAUGACAUUGUGUUGGCUGCCGUGCUGUCAUGCUGUGCGCAGCUUGGGGCGCUAGAGAAGGGGCGGGAGGUCCAUGAGUAUGUAAGGCAAAGCAGACCCCGUCCGAAUGUCUUCUUGUGUACAGGGCUUGUUGAUCUCUAUGCUAAAUGUGGGUGUGUUGAGAUCGCCAGGGAGGUGUUCGACACGUGUCCUGAGAGGAACGUAUUCACCUGGAAUGCACUCAUCGUUGGUCUGGCAAUGCAUGGUCAUGGCACAGUGACACUGAAAUACUUCGACAGGAUGCUGGCUGAGGGGUUUCGGCCUGAUGGGGUCACUUUCUUGGGGGUGUUGAUUGGUUGCAGCCAUGCCGGCCUUAUCGACAUGGCAAAGAGGAUAUUUUUUGAGAUGGAGAUGAAGUACGGUGUGUCUCGGGAACUUAAGCAUUACGGAUGCAUGGCUGACCUGCUUGGUCGAGCUGGGCUUAUUGAGGAAGCAAUGGAGAUGGUGAAGAAGAUGCCAAUGGAAGGGGAUACUUACGUCUGGGGAGGUAUACUGGCUGGUUGUAGAAAGCAUGGGAAUGUGGAAGAAGCGGAGGUGGCAGCAAGACAUUUGCUGGAGCUGAACCCUGAAGAUGGUGGGGUAUACUCUGUCAUGACCGGCAUCUAUGCAGAUGCUGGUAGGUGGGAGGAUGUUGCGAGGGUUAGGAAAUUAAUGGAUGAAAGGGUUGGUGCAAGGAAUGUUGGUUGCAGUUCUAUUACCACGGACCACUAAGACUGUUUGAUUGCUGAUGUGAUCAGGGCGUCGUACUGUCUGAGUGUAGAUUCUACCUGGAAGGUCAUCACUGUGAAGUAGAAAUUGACUCAGGAAGAGAGGACUGCCACUAUGGAGUUGCAGUGCCAAGACUGACAAUGACAAGAUCUUGGCUUUUCAGUGGACUCAACCUUCGUACGUUGCGAAGUGCUCGUGUUAACAGUAACUGAUGAAUUGUCAACUGUGAUAGGAUCCAUGUUGCAGUUCUAGGCAGAAUUUGAUGAUAUUACAUAUUCAUGGACUUCUGUGGAAGUAGAUUUUCUUGUCAUGUCAACUGACAAAUGCUCGUGCUUAUGCUGGCAAAGCAGGAACAUCUAUAAUCUAUUGAAGAGGGACGAUAAUGAGACCACAUUGGAGUUCAGGUGAUCUAUGGGUGUUGCCGCACCAUCAAUCGAUCUACAGGAUGUAAUGGAAGCAAGCAAGCAUUCUGUAAUCCAGCUGAGACGAAAAAUCAUUUGUUGGCUUCUUGCUCUGUGUCUCUUUACAGUUCAAAGAUUCAGCACUGUCCACAGCGAAUAUCACUGUUAUGGUCUACUGCAUUGUUCCCAACCUAGUUGAGUUACUAGGCGUGAGUCUGAUUCUUCAGUUGCUCAAUGCCCGCCGCCGACUGGCAAGUUGCUCAUUAAUGUCGAUGCAGCUCCAUUUUAAGCUUUGGAGUAGAUUGGGCCCCGGUGCUGUAAUCUGGGACCGCAGAUGAGAUUGCCUGGUUUGUUCAAUGGGCACACCGUACAUUGAGGCUGUAACCGUGCGGGAAUUUGCUGAUGCCUUGGCUGCUUGCAAUGCACCAAAACGACAGCUCAUUUAUGCCCAGUGCCCUGUUUCCCCACACUGUUUACCAAUCUCGGCGAUGAUCAUUUCAUUACUCCAAGGAGGGAGCCGGCACUACUACCAAAUUACAAGCAUAAUGGAAAUAUGUUUCGUGUUUUGAGUGUUA